AUGGCUACUAGGCUUAUUUGCUUAGGGUUCUUAUCCCUCUACAGCGAUUUAGCAGGAGCAUAUGCUGUACAAACACGAAACUACGAUACAUCAUCUACCGGUCGUGAACGUGUGAGUAUCAAUACAGACUGGCGGUUUUGGCGAUCUGAGAACAAUCCGGAUGGAAUCACCUACGACAACCGCACCGACACGCCUCAAGAGAACGUCACAUACUUAAGACCAUGGAUCCUCCCAAGCGCCAACGAGUUCAUAGACGAUGCGACGAAACACUAUGAAGCCCCUUCCAAUAGCCCUGUUGUCAAUAUACCGUACGUGCAACCCUCCUUCGAUGACAGUUCAUGGGAAGAUGUUACAUUACCGCACGAUUGGGCCAUCAAGGGGCCCUACUACGUCGGAGAUCCAACUCCUAUUACAGGUGGAAUGGCAAGACUGCCAUCGCAAGGAGUAGGAUAUUAUCGAAGGAAGCUACUUAUGACGGAUGAAGAUGCAGGAAAGGUUAUCUACCUUGAUGUCGAUGGUGCAAUGUCAUACGCUAUGGUAUGGCUCAAUGGUCAUUUGGUGGGCGGCUGGCCGUAUGGAUACAACUCGUUUCGUCUUGAUCUCACGACUUAUAUACAGUCAGGCAACGACAACCAGCUAGUAAUCCGGCUCGACAAUCCUGUGGACUCUUCGAGAUGGUACCCAGGUGCUGGCCUUUACCGAAAUGUUUGGUUGACGAAGGUCCAGCCGGUUCAUGUUGCAAACUGGGGAGUUUAUGUCACGACCCGAGACGUGGGUACAGAGUCUGCGACCAUCGACAUUGCGGUCCAGGUGGAAACCAAAAGCAAUGCGAGCCAAGAGGUUGAAGUUGCCACUAACGUACAUAUUUACGACGCAAAGGCAAAAAAGAUAGGAGAGAAGGUGGCAGAAUUUCCUAGGAUGAGUCUAAUGCUAUCUGGAAGCAAAAGCUCCGUGAAUACUACAGUCACGAUCGAAGAUCCUCAACUGUGGGGACCUCCGCCAAACCAAAAGCCGAAUAUGUACGUCGCUGUUACUAGCCUAUUGAGCCGCGAUAGUAGCGCUCCAGUCGACACGUAUGAGACGCAUUUCGGUAUUCGUUCUUUUACCUAUAGUGGUGAAGGACUUUCCGUCAACGGAGAGCACCUACGGAUACAAGGCGUAAACCAACACUGCCAUGACCUUGGGGCACUAGGUAGUGCAUGGAACGAUCGUGCAGCUAAACGCCAACUGGAGGCUCUACGAGAACUCGGAGUGAACGCUAUCCGCAUGGCACACAAUCCGCCAGCACCAGAGCUCCUCGAGAUGACUGAUAGCAUGGGUUUCGUAGUCAUGGAUGAAAUCUUCGACAGUUGGGAACGAAAAAAGACAGACAACGACUUCCACCUCAUUUUCCCGGAGUGGCACGAAGCAGAUCUUCGCUCCUUCAUUCGAAGAGACCGCAACCAUCCUUCCAUUUACUCCUGGAGCGUAGGCAACGAAGUUGGCGAGCAAACAUGUUGCGGAGACCGAGGCUACGAGAUAGGUCGCCUACUAAACGACAUUGUCAAAUCUGAAGAUUUUACCCGACCCGUUACAGCAUCCAUGAACGUAGCGAAACCAAACAUGACAUUCCCCGAGGCCUUCGACAUCCUCAGCUUGAACUACCAGGGUGAAGGUAUCCGCGAUACACCUCAGUACUCAUUCACAAACGGCACGCGGACCCCGCCACAGUACAAACCCUUCCACGAUGCCUUCCCCGACAAGCUGAUCGCGGAAAGCGAAUCUGCCGCUGCACUAAGCUCACGAGGUACCUACCUCUUCCCCGUCACAGAUCUCAACAGUGCCCCAGUAAACGACACAAAUGGUGGCGGAAACUCGUCUCUCUACUACGUAUCCGCAUACGAACUCCACACCGCAAACUUUGGCUCCUCAGCUGACAAAGUCUUCGCCGCGCAAGACGCGAAUCCCAUGGUCGCGGGUGAAUUCGUGUGGUCUGGCUGGGACUACCUAGGCGAGCCGGAGCCGUACUACGAUGCUCGCAGUUCGUAUUUCGGUGUCAUUGACCUUGCUGGGUUUCCAAAGGAUCGGUACUAUCUGUAUCAGGCGAGAUGGCGGCCAGAUCUUAGGAUCGCGCAUGUAGUACCGCAGCAUUGGAAUUGGCCGGAGAGAGUGGGUAUGGUGACGCCUGUGCAUGUAUUUACGAAUGCUGAAGAGGCUGAGUUGUGGGUUAAUGGUGUAUCUCAGGGGAGAAAGAGGCUGGGUGUAUCACAGUACAGGGUUAGAUGGGAUGAGAUUGUGUAUCAGCCUGGUGAGGUCAAGGUAGUAACGUACAAAGGUGGAGAGGAAUGGGCGACGGAGAGUGUGAAGACAAAUGGGCCUGCGACUGCGCUGCGGCUCACGGCCGAUCGAGAUGAGAUUAUAGCUGAUGGUCUGGACCUUUCUUUCGUCACGUUGGAGGUUUUGGAUAACAAUGGCGAUGUCGUGCGCAAUGCACAUCAUACCGUUGACUAUGCGAUCGAAGGGCCAGGGGAGAUUUUCGCAACAGACAACGGGUUCGAAGCGGACUUCACUCCUUUCCCAUCUCUGCAGAGAGAUGCAUUUAACGGACUAGCAUUGGCUAUUGUGAAGGCAAAGAAGGGACAACCAGGUUCGUUGACAGUCACUGCCAGGGCAGAAGGCUUAGAGGUGGGCACUAUCACUAUUACUACAAAGGGGUAG